AUGUCGGCUUCCAGCGGGUACGCGGAGGGAGCCGACGCGCCGGCGCGUUUGCCACGUGCAGGCGGGGAGUGUUUGAGGCGCGACGAUGGCGAAGUCGAUUCGUCUGCAGAAGCCGCUGAUGCGCACUCUCCCGCAGCGCGUGGAAGGAAGCGAGAUCGUCAUGCGGCGUCGCUUGAAGCUGCAGACGCGGGGCCGCUUCGCACGCUUCGGAGACCAGACGUCGUCGAGGCUGACAGGUUCGCGGCUGCGGCGACUGCGACAUCCGGAGACUUCGUGCUCGCCGACGACCACUUGAGCUUGAGCAGCAGCGGAGAGGAGGACGACGAGGAGUUCAGCGACGAGGUACCCGACGGUUUCGGGGGCACGUUCGACGACGAGGUGGAUGCGAGUCAGCGCUACGACGAGGAGGCCGAAGAGGACUCCGAAGAAGACGACGACGCUUCCGACUCCGAGCAGCCGACGCGCGGCGCCAGCGGCCCGCCACAGGCUUACGCGACCAAAGUGCCGAGUCUCCCUGCGACGCUGAGGCGGCUGUUGCACGCGCUCGCGAAGCGCCUCCUCCAGCAACCCGACCUCCGCGCGUUUGCGCAGGAACUGCGCCCGCUGUCGGGCGCGUCAGCCGCCGACACCGCAGAGCCAGCCUCGAACGCCUCGCAGCGCCGCAGCCAGCUGCCCUCCGUAGGCAGCACAUACACCGAAGCCGUCAGGCUGGUCGCGCUGCUGCUGAAAGAAGUCGGACCAGGCGGCUGCGUGCCACCGCAGCUGCUGGAGCUGAUCGACGAGUGCGUCGCCAGGGCCGGCCCGGGGUCUGUGCCCGCUGCGGGCCAGCCGACCCAGCCGGGCCAGGUGGACCAGCAGGGGCGCGCCAGGGACGUGGCCCAGAGCUCAGACAGUGAAGAGACCCGCGUGUCCGAGGCGGCGAUGAAAGCCGCCGAGGCCGCGCAAAAAAUGGAGGAUGUGCAGUGGCAACUUUGGAGAGACAUCGCCGGCUGCACUUCCAACAUGCGCGGACAGAUCUGCUGUCAAAGCAUCGACCGUUUGCUUGCAAAGCAACAGAUCCAGGCGGCAGUCUGGGAAGGCAGCAGCAAGUUGGCAGCCUGGCGGCUCGGUGCGUCAGACUGCCAGGCCACAGCUGCGCUCGUCAUCGCCAAAGUCCUGCUUUCUCUCCAGAUUUCUCUGCGGAGUGCGCUGAAGAAGGCUCGCCUGGGUCGCGGGCGCAGAGAGGAAGAAGACGAAGAGGAGGAGGAUGAAGACGAAUCCUCCGAGGACGAUGACGAAGUGCUUGAGCCUUCAAACGGUGCAGACUACCAGCUGCAGGGAGGCGAACUGCAGACGCCGUACCAGAGAGAAGGCCGUAGAAUAUGGGGGAAAGCUCUCGCCAAAGUGCCCAGAGACAUCCGGUCCGAGCUCGAAGCCACUCUUCUCUUCUGCCUGAGAAAGAAGAAGAUGCCUCCGCCUUUGCUGGUGCAGCUCUACGUCGCUUUGAACCGGCGGAACAACCUGCCUUCGUGUCUUGGCAUCAUUUCUAACUUCUGCCGAGUCUUUCCCUCUGCCACGUUUUUUCGAGACGUUCAAGUUGAGCUCUUUCUUCUCCAGGUAGGCGUCGCCAAACUCACCAGUGAACUUAGUGAGGCGCAGCGACAUGCGCCUGGUGGCAACCGACUCGACUCGCUUUUUUCGGGGCUCUUUCAGCUCAUCGGCGAAGAUCACGCUGAGCUACAGCGCACGCAGAAGGCGCUGACUACAGCCGGCAGACGGUUUAUCCAGGCUCACUGCGGCAGCGAGGGUGCAUUGCAGCGGCUUAGUGAAUUCUGGUCGUACAUGAAGAAACGCGAGCAGCUGGAUUGUCUCAUGUUGGCCUUGGAGCUCCGGCCAGCGUGCACUUCCUCGUGGUGGCGCCUAGCGCUAUUCUUGACUUCGGAGAGUGAAUCGCAGGAACUCGGGAAAAUGCGCCACAGAGUUCAGUCGCUGAUUGGUCGGCUGCGAGGUGGCGCAUCCCCCGGAACACUAAGCUACCGAAAGGAGAGACUGGGUCGUUUCGCGAGGAGAUUCUUCUGCGCAGACAGCUGCAGCUUGAACGUGGUUCCCGAGGCUGCUCGCGUCGCUCUGCUGUUUUGCGCACCUUUCUUCUUGGAGUCUCUGCAGUCUCUGCUCGAGUUGACAAGGCUUAUUGGAGCAGUCUUCACGCAGAGCCGUCCGCAGCUGCUCGUCACCUGUGGAAACCGUUUCCUGAAAGGAUUCCGCGGGCGUGAUUUUGUCAAGCCUACCCGGCGUCGUACAAGCACUUCGACGCGCGAAAGCCGGGAAGCGUCAGCUUCAUCCGACCCCAAAUCUGAUGUCUCUUCUCGCAGCGAAAUUAGUCUUGGUGAAAGAGCGGUCCUUCCACAGGAGCAGUCCAUUCAGGAUUACGGGCGCAGUGAUUGUGAAGCAGCUCUUGAGGCCUUUGAUGUGAGUAAUGCGUUGAAAACUGAAGUGCAGUUGGUGCUGUAUGGCUUUGUGAAUGCAGUUCAGUGUUUCUUCCGGGUUCGUGCAGGAGAUGUGCUUCACAUCAGUUUGAUCGCGCAGCUCGCACUAGAGAGCAUGGGCACCUGA